AUACGGUCCGGUCUUGUAUCGGUCCCAGUUUCUUCCAUUCCCCACCUCUGUCUCCUCAUUCUCCCAUUUCCCUCAAAAUCAAAACCAAAAACGGAACCACCAAAAACCUCAAAUCUCCGCCGUCGAUCCUUCUCACAUUCUCCGAUUCCCCGCCGGAAUCUCUCAACUGAGCAAUGGUACCAUCCUUUAUCCUCUUCUUUACUCACUUCACCUCCGAACCCCUUCUCGGAUGAUGGAACUCGCCGAUUCCAGCGACGAACACCCACAACUCAACGACCUUCCCAACCCCACUGACUCCACCACCCGUUCCGCCAGCGGCACCGGCAUAGGCAUCGAUCUCAACGAGAUCCCUUCUCCUUCUUCCUUCUCCGAAACCCUAUCCGAUACAUUCGACGUCGUCCGUUCCUUCCACGACAACCCUCCGCCUUUCGAUGGCGACCCAGCCCAUGUCCCUCGCGGGGUUCGCGGCUCCGUCUGUGGUUUGUGCGGCCAGCCGGAAGUGCGCGGCCACGUGGUUGUGUGUGACGGAUGCGAGCGGGGGUUUCACCUUGCCUGCACCGGAAUGCGGAGCGCUCACGCGUUGAAUUUCGAGGAUUGGGUCUGUGGGGACUGUUUUAGCAGCGGAGUGAAGAGUAAACGCUGGCCGCUUGGGGUUAAGUCGAAGCAGCUGUUGGAUAUUAACGCUUCGCCCCCGAGUGACGGUGAUGCGUAUGGCGAGGAUGGUGAGGAAUUGCCGGGUUCCAGAAAGCACACUGCAGUAGACAAUUCUUUUCGUACUCCCUUUUGCACAUCUGCAAAAUAUAGAAACCUGUUACAUUCGGGGAAUGGAUAUGGCCAUCAAAGAGCUUCAGAUAUUGUGAAAAACAAAGUUAAAAUGGGUUUAGAAGACAUAUUGCAGCAGACACAGGUUGCAGGAAGAAGCUUGGAUGUAGAUUUGGGCUGUCCUUUAGGAAGUUGUAGAAGUAGUAGGGGCACAUCAGUUAAAUUGUCAUCUCAAAAUACUAGUGAGGUCUUUUUGCAGGCGCUUAGAGAGUUUAUUUCUGAGAGGCAUGGUGUGUUGGAGGAAGGAUGGUGUGUAGAGAUUAAACAGUCAGUUGACAGUUGUGAAUUUUAUGCUAUUUACCGUGCACCUGACGGGAAGACUUUUGGUUCAGUCUAUGAAGUUGCUUGUCAUCUUGGGUUGAUGUCUUCUAUGCAGCCCAAAACAAGAAGACAAGGGUCUUCACAUUUUUCUGGAAAGUCUUAUAUACCAAAAAGAAGGAAGCCAACCAAAUCCUUGGUUGCCAAUGGUUUUGCUGAUAACAACGAGAGUUUGAUUAAUGAUCGAUGUAAGGGGCUCUUGUGUGAUGGUCGAAGCCCAUCUGUUAUUACAGUUGUAAAUCUUGAAAAUUCUGAGGAAGCUGUGGCAGAAGAGAAUGGAGGUUCCAUUUUAUCACAAUGUUAUGAAGGAUUUCCACUUCAAUUUGAAGACUUCUUUGUUCUUUCCUUGGGGGAAAUUGAUGCACGACCCUCAUAUCAUGAUGUUACCCGGGUCUAUCCAGUAGGUUUUAGAUCUUGUUGGCAUGACAAGGUUACUGGUUCUAUUUUUAUAAAUGAAGUGCUAGAUGGCGGUGAUUCUGGACCCCGCUUUAAGGUUAGGAGGUGUACAUGCUCUGCUUUUCCAAUUCCAGUAGGUUCAACUGUCCUCUCUAAGGUAAAAAGUGAGAAUUUUUCUGUUGAACAACACAAAGAAGAUGGUUUAAUCAAUAAUGGUAGUGACGAGAACUUACAGACGAUUUUCUCAGACCUUUCUCCACCAAAUGAAGAUGAUAUUUUGUCUUGUCUUGGUGUUUGUUCUGACGGAGCUUUUAAUAUUCAUAUGCAAAAUGGAUUGCAUCAUGAAGCAAGUUCCAUGGGGAAGUCUGGGAACCUCUCAGAUUUUCAGUAUUUGAGAGAUGAAAUUGGUGAGAUUUCAGUUGAAGAUGCUUCAUCAUCAACAGCUUGGAAAAGGAUGUCACAUGAUUUGAUCAAAGCUUGUUCUGAAUUAUGCAGUCGGAAAAACACUUUAAGAUUCUGUUGUAAUCAUGUGGGUAACGAACAGAGUUUUCUAGGCCAUUGUAGAAUUAGAGAUGAUUGUGAACUGAACUCUAGACUAGCAAAAUUUUGUGGUUUUCCAAACUCUGCGUUCAUUCGAUCUGUGGUUGAAGUUGAGAACGAGCAAUGCAGUUUGCCUGAUGAACUUGAAAAGUGGCUGGAUCAGGAUAGAUUUGGGUUAGACAUGGAAUUUGUACAAGAAAUACUUGAAAAAAUUCCACGGGUUCAAUCCUGUUCAAAAUAUCAGUUUGUAGAUAAGAGAAUAGACACUACGACUUUACCAACAGUUGAAAAUGGAGUCCUCGAGGUUCAGAAAUUUGAUGGAGAAGAAUGUAAAGAAGAUGAGCCACUGAAUUUUUUAUUUAGAAGAUUCAAGAAAGCCAAGUUAGCUGCUUUUGGCAAUGCCAAUGACAAGAAUCCUCCUCCUGGAAAGCUUUUGUGCUUGCGUAUUCCUCCUGAACUUACUGGUGACGUUUACCAGGUUUGGGAUUUCUUAUCUCGUUUCCAUGAAAAUUUGGGCCUUAAAGAGGCCUUAUCUCUUGAGGAACUUGAGGAAGAUCUUCUCAACCUGCCGGGUGGUGGGGCUAAUAUUCUCCAAAAGUCUGAGAGUGAAUUUAAGAAAGACCACCCACUGUCAAAUGCUCUUAACACUGAGUUCUCAAAUGGCCGAGUAUCCUCAAAAUUUAAUGCUAAUGGAGAUCCACAUGCUUUUAUACAAAUGGAAACAAGGGUAAUGAAGGAGGUAUCUGAAGGUAAUCUGGCUUUCUCAACAGACAGCAGAUGCAUGGGUGCAGCUUUAACAAAAGCUCACACUUCUCUGUUAAGAGUGCUAAUUACUGAGCUUCAAUCCAAGGUAGCUGCUCUUGUGGAUCCAAAUUUUGAUUCUGGAGAGUCAAAACCAAAGCGAGGAAGGAAAAAAGAUGCAGACAGUGCAUCUUCUAUUAGGAAAAUGAAGCUGAAUUUGCUCCCUCUCAAUGAACUAACGUGGCCAGAAUUAGCUCACCGAUUCAUCUUGGCUGUCUUAUCCAUGGAUGGUAAUCUUGAGUCAGCUGAAGUAACUGCUCGUGAAAGUGGAAGAGUCUUUCGAUGCCUACAAGGUGAUGGCGGUGUGCUUUGUGGCUCUCUCACUGGAGUGGCUGGGAUGGAGGCAGAUGCAUUUCUGCUUGCAGAGGCUACAAAGCAAAUAUUUGGAACAUUGAAUAGAGAGAAGCAUGUUAUUACAAUAGAAGAGGAAACCCCUGAUACAACUGGGGGUGGUUGUGAGAAGGUGCUGGUUACUGAUGGUAACAUGCCAGAGUGGGCACAAGUGCUAGAACCUGUUAGAAAGUUACCUACCAAUGUGGGAACCAGAAUUAGAAAGUGUGUUUAUGAUGCUUUGGAGAGGAACCCACCGGAAUGGGCGAAAAAGAUUUUGGAACAUUCAAUUAGCAAGGAAGUUUACAAGGGCAACGCUUCAGGACCUACAAAGAAAGCCGUUCUUUCAUUAUUAGCCGAUAUAUGUGGUGAUGGCUUGCCCCAGAAAGUUGAAAAACGAAGAAAGAGGAUAACUACUAUUUCUAUAUCAGAUAUAGUCAUGAAGCAAUGUCGCAUUGUAUUACGUCGUGCCGCUGCUGCAGAUGAUGCAAAAGUCUUCUGCAACUUGCUUGGCCGGAAAUUGAUGGCUUCAAGUGAUAAUGAUGAUGAAGGACUUCUUGGUCCACCAGCCAUGGUUGCUCGACCAUUGGACUUCCGGACUAUCGAUUUGAGAUUAGCUGCCGGGUCUUAUGGUGGAUCACAUGAAGCAUUUCUUGAGGAUGUUCAGGAGUUUCAGAGAAAAAAGUUUCUCUGGACUAAACAAGCUGCCUUCUAUUUGGUAUCCUGGCUUGAAAGUAACAAAGGGAUGCAGACCAUUAAUCUCUGGAAUAACUUGCGUUAUGCUUAUGGUGAUCAGCCUGAUUUGGUUGAAUUAGUUGAGACAUUAUCUGAGAAUUUUGAGAGACUGUAUGAAAAUGAGGUUUUAUCUCUUAUUGGAAAACUUCAGGAAUUUUCCAAGCUAGAAUCUCUGAGUGCAGAGACGAAAGUGGAAGUAGAUAGCUUUCUCGUGUCCUCAAAUGAGAUUCCAAAAGCCCCUUGGGAUGAAGGAGUCUGUAAAGUGUGUGGCAUUGAUAAAGACGAUGAUAGCGUCCUUCUAUGUGAUACAUGUGAUGCUGAAUAUCAUACAUAUUGUUUGAAUCCUCCUCUUGCCCGGAUUCCUGAAGGGAACUGGUAUUGUCCCUCUUGUGUCAUGGGAACACGUAUGGUUGAAGAUCCAUCUGAGCAUACUAAGAACCACAUUAUUAACCUGCACAAAGGCAAGAAAUUCCGAGGAGAAGUUACUCGAGAUUUUCUGAAUAAACUUGCUAAUCUAGCAGCUGCUUUGGAAGAGAAGGAGUAUUCGGAGUUCAGUGUGGAUGAGAGAUUAUUCUUGCUCAAAUAUCUAUGUGAUGAGUUGCUUAGCUCAGCCUUAAUUCGGCAACAUCUUGAGCAGUGUGUGGAGACAUCAGCAGAGUUGCAGCAGAAGUUACGUUCGUGUUUCAUGGAGUGGAAAAACCUCAAGUCUAGGGAAGAAGUUGUGGCUGCAAGGGCUGCAAAGCUUGAUACAACUAUGCUUAGUGCAGUUCGAGAAGGACAGGGUAGUUGUGACGGAGCUAGGCUUGGUGCUUCUGAUCAAUACUCAUCUUUAACGAGCUUAGAGAAUAAGUGUCACAACCACACAGGUUUUCAAGAACAAAUGAGCAGUGCCCACGAUGUUAUUGAUAACAAUGAUGCUGGUGGCAAUGUCCUAUCCAGUUCUGGGUCACAAAACAGUGGCAAACCUGUAAAAUUCAUUGAGCCACCUUUGUCUGGUUCUUUGCCACAAGACAUGGAUGGUUCUGACCAAAGUAAUAUGGAGACUGAAAUUUCUAUUCUUCCAUCCGGAAAGCAAUAUUGUACACCUUGUGAUGCUAAUGGAGUGCCUGUAGCCCCCUUUGUUCCUCCAAAUGAAUCGCAAGCCUAUCAUAAUGAGUUGGAUAGUAUUAAGAAGGACAUAUUGCAGGUGCAGGAUUCUAUAGCAUGUAUGGAGUUAGAGCUUCUGAAGAUAUCUGUACGUAGGGAGUUUUUGGGUAGUGACUCUGCUGGUCGGCUGUAUUGGGCUAGUGUUAUGUCAAAUGGACAGCCACAAAUCAUCAGUAGUGGGAGUUCGGUACAGAUUGGAAGUGAAUCUAGAGACCGAGUUGUUAAGGGUCACGUGUUUAAGAAUUAUACUUCAACAAGCAAUGGUAAUUGUUCAAGUUUAGAUGCAAAUAUGUAUUCCUCACUGCUUCAUCUGCCAAGGAAUUUUAUUGGAAAUUCUCCAUGUGUUUCUUAUCAAACGGAGGCGGAUAUAUUAGAACUCGUUGAUUGGCUGAAAGAUAGUGACCCUAAAGAAAGGGAGUUAAAGGAGUCUAUUUUGCAAUGGCAUAAACCUAAACUUCAGAUAUCUUCACGAUCCAAUAAUCAAAGUCCUGAGGAGCAGUUAAAAGAUUCAUCAUCAAGCUCGGAUGUUGAAAAACUUGAAUGUUCUGGUUUUCUUGUUAAUAGGGCAUCUUCUUUAUUAGUAAGUAAGUAUGGGCCCUUUCUUGAAUUUGAAAUGCCCGACGACUUAAAUAGAUGGCUAGACAAGACCAGGCUAACUGAAAAUGAGAAAAUGUUCAGGUGUGUAUGCUUGGAACCUGUCUGGCCAUCUAGGUACCAUUGUCUCUCUUGCCAUAAGAGUUUUUUGUCUAAUGUUGAACUUGAGGAGCAUGAUAAUGGAAAGUGUAGUUUACACCCUGCCUCAUAUGAUGGUGUUAAGGAAGUUGGCGACUCUUCAAAAAGUAAAUGCAAUAUCAAAUUUGAGAGCAAGCAGGAGGAGAGCUCGAGCAUGACCAUAGCAGAAACUUCUAAAGGAGGGUAUUUUAACCAAAGUAUGGGGUUAAUUAAAUAUCAGAAUGAUGGUAUGAUGUGCCCAUAUGACUUUGAUCUCAUCUGUUCUAAGUUUUUGACUAAGGAUUCAAACAAGGACCUUAUUAAGGAGAUUGGACUUAUUAGUUCUAAUGGGGUUCCAUCAUUUGUGUCUUCUGUAUCACCUUAUGUUAUGGAAUCAACAUUGAAUGUAAUUGAUCUCAAGAAGGAUUCUAGUACUCCGGAGGAUGGGACCUUGGCUUCUGAAUGGCCUUCACUAGGAAAUAUUAUUCUGGAAAAUGCUUGCCAUCAAUAUUUGGCUACUGAUAAUUCAAUCCCAAAACCUGCUGGAAAUGAAAUUAGUGCACUGAAAUCAAAAAGACUCGCAUCAGGAUGCCCAGAACCAAAAAGUAAAAAAAUUUGCAUGGAUAACCGUUUUUCAGAGUUUGGGAUCGGUAGAUGCUGUGUCAUCCCACAAUCAUCACAGAGGCCAUUAGUUGGCAGAAUCUUGCAAGUUGUAAGAGGACUAAAAAUGAAUCUGCUUGACAUGGAUGCUGCACUCCCUGAUGAAGCUCUAAGACCAUCAAAACUACAUAUUGAACGGAGAUGGUCAUGGCGUGCAUUUGUGAAAUCUGCAGGAACAAUUUUUGAGAUGGUUCAGGCAACAAUUGCAUUAGAGGACAUGAUAAGAACGGAAUACUUAAAGAAUGAAUGGUGGUAUUGGUCAUCUCUCUCUGCUGCUGCCCAAAUAUCUACCGUAUCUUCUCUUGCACUCCGUAUAUUCUCUCUUGAUGCUGCUAUUAUAUACGAGAAGGUAUCACCUAAUCAAGAUUCAAAUGACUAUUUGGAGCCGAGCAGUAUACCAGAACAGAAGCUGGGUGGUGUGGAUUUAAUAGAGAAGCCCAGGACAAGCAGCAGAAAAUCUGGCAAGAAAAGAAAGGAACCAGAAGGUUAAUUUGAAAGUCUCAUAGCAUUACUUCUGACAAAGUCUAUCCAGAGGGUUUCUUCCAGUGGUUAUGGUGGUGGUAGAGGUCUUGUGUUUGAAGACAAGUACCUUCAAUUCAUUUUGUUGUUUAUACCAUGCCAUUGCUCCUUCACAAAUUUGGGAGUUAUUUGCAAUGUCACUGCUGCAACCAUUGCACCCCCGCUGCUGACAGAUCGUCUGUACAUAGAGGUAACUCUACUAACUGGGAUACGUGGUUCAGAAUCUAUAGCCAAGCACUUUGUUCAUAAAGACUGCUUGAGGCUCCAACUCUUAAUCGAUAAUAUGGUCCCUUGGCCCAAUUUUGGACUGAACUGCUGGAGUUUUUCUUUUCCUUCUUUUUUCUUCUUUUUCUUUGUUUCAUUAAAUGCUUGGAGCGGGUAGGAUCCAAUGAUGUCAUCCUUAAAGAGCAAGAUCCAUACACAUAGAAAGCAUUAUGUAUAAAUAGAAAAGGGAGGAAGGGAAGUCUAGAAAAAGAACUGAAGCUCAGUUGUAAUCUUAUUUAAUUCUUUACAUUUCUUUCCCCCUCCCCUUGACCCAUAUUUUUUCUCUGCAAUUUAUUUCCAUCCCAACUGGGUACUUGUAGAUGUCUUACCAUCAUUCACUGGUGGCGAGGAAUACUUGUUCUCUCUUUUCUCCUUGUCUUCUCCCGUGUUGCGAAUGACCUGCAUGGUGGGAUUUUUUUGCUCGAUUUGACUUUUACCCUGCAAGUUUCUCAUACACAAACUUGUUCAAGUUCUGCAGCCGUUGCCAUACAGGCAUUAGUAUUAACAAUCGCAAAGUUGUCUUUUUCUUCUGUAGAGUUCUGUCUUCCUAGGUGCUCGAGGAGUGACUUGUUUGGGGCCUUCCUCAAUCAUUGUAACAGUUAGGUAGUAAGUACCAUGCACUGAUUUAUAUAAUCUUGAAUAUUUUUGCUUAUAGUAAUCAAAGGUAGUUAAUUGCA